CAUUAGUUUUAUCAGACCACAUCCUCGUUGAUGAAGAUGCAGAACCUGCUCGUCAGCUCUUGACACAAACACAAGACGCGUUUCCGUCGCCGCUCGCUGACCGUUAACAGUUAAGCUAGCCGAAGUCUGACCACAGUUUAACUUAACGGGCACAGGUGGCAUCAGUGUGUUGCUUUGAUGUGUGCUCGGAAAUCAGAGUGUUGCAGAGAGUCUUCUCGAGCUAACGGCAGUCUUUUCUUCCUGGCAGGGAGGUGUAGAAAUAAGAAAUAUAUUUUUAAACAUGUUUAUUGAAUCCAAUCAGAAGCUUUUUAUCGUUUUUCUGUCUUUCAUUAUGAGAAUAGUGUAGUCGUGUGUUUUCUAGUCAUAUAGUCAGUAGUCAUAGUUGUGUGCACAGACUCUUCUGCCCAGUCAUUAUUCUGGUCUGAAACCCUCUUCAGAGGAUUGAGUCGUUUUGCUGUGUUCACCAAACCCUUGUACCACCCAAACGUGUGCGCACGGAUUUCCACGAGCUGCCUUUGUGAUUUACACUAUUUACCUCAUCUCUGCCACCAUGGCUCUUAUCUCUCACAGCUUCCCUGGGUUUCAUUUGAGUGAUUAGUUUUACGGUCCUGGAGGCAACGUUCCUGUGUGAGGUUUCCAUCUGACUGUGUUCUGCUGAGCUGCUCAUUGUUUCCAGCAGUUCCUCCCUGAGCUAGUCAGCUGUUUGGUCCCAUAACACCCUUCCCAAGAAAAACCACGUUGUUCUCAUCCUGCACAUGGCACACUUGGAUGGUGAAGUUUCACAGUAAAGGAAUCAACUCCACGAUGGGAGUGAAGGGCAGGCCUGAUCAGAGGAACGAGUGAUUGCUCUGGAAAGACAGAGGCUGGACGGGUUGAGCAAACUAGAGGAGAAUGGCUCGAAAUGUGAACUUUGACCUGAACCUGAUUCAGAUGGAGGCUGGAAUUGAGAGCCCAACAGACGAGGAAGGGGUUCAUGACGCGUUCAGCCAGCUGAUUGCAGAACAGAGUCUGAAUGAAGACCCAAGUCUUUUCAUAGAGUUGCGGGAAGAGGACGAGGACGACUUGGACAAUGUGGCAAAUCUGUCCAAUGCACGGCAUCGUUUGGGGGAAGAGGGGAUGAAUCACGACGACGACGGUGGCUGUUACCUGGGACGUGGUCAACAACCAACUGAUUCCCUUAUCAAGGAACGCUGGUCCUCAGACACCUUGAAGGUCCUUUCCUCCAUGCCUAGCCGCACCAUUGGUCGCAGCAGGGGAGCCAUUAUUUCUCAGUACUACAACAAAACAAUGAAGCUCCGGAGAGACCGGCAGAGCAGACCAGCUGUCCGAGACUUCUCCCGCUCGGCCAGACCCAGCAUCCGAUGCCAUGGCAUGGAGGCAGACACCCCAGACUCGUGGGACAUGGAAGAAACAAAGAGAGAACGCCUGGUGAACAACCUGCAGAACCUGUCGGUGGGUGACAGGGAGAGGAUGAUCAGAGGGAUGCCGCUGAGUUUAAAAGAGAAAGGUGACCUGAGGAAGUUAGCGUUACAAAAAGAUAAACACACACAUUCCAGCAGCAAGCUUCACUGUUGCAGUCAGCAGAAAUAUUACAUCAUCAUAGCCCUGAGGCACAGCUGGUACAGCUGCUUGUCCUUCCUGCACUCUCUCCAUCUGUGGCAAAUGCCGCUGAAGAGAGUGAGCAGCCGUUUUGGUACUGGAGUCCUCUCCUACUUCUUGUUCCUCAAGACUCUCUUCCUUUUUAACAUCUUCCUGGUGCUGAUUACGGGUGUGUUCUUGGUGAUACCCCAGGCGUUGCACCCCCCCACACCACCUGCCAAUUGGAGCUCCUUCUCUGGACUGGAGCUCCUCACCGGGGCGGGUUAUUUUUCUGACUCACUGAUGUACUAUGGGUACUACAGUAACUACACGCUCCAUAGGAACGGCAGCAGCUCCAGCCGUCUGGACCUUUCUUACAACAUGCCACUGGCGUACUUCUUCACCAUAGGAAUGGCCUUCUUCAUCACUUGUAUGAUCCUGGUGUACAGCAUGUCAAAGUCGUUUGGUCAGAGCUUCAUGAUCGACAAGUCUCACAGCAUCUUGGCCAUUAAAGCUUUUUCUUCCUGGGACUUCAAGGUCAUCAAGGAGAGCUCCGUUAAACUCAUGUCUGAGAACAUCUGCACGCAGCUCAAGGAGCUGUUAGCAGAGGUGAACCAAAACAACGUUUCAAGCACGGCGUUACAGAAGUGUGGGAGGUUGAUGGUUCACGGCCUGGCAUGGACGAUCUGCACCGCUGGCACUGCAGGCUGCGCGAUGAGCAUUUACUUGUUUUCUGAUUACAUGCACAACCAAAGCAGAGCUGGAACCGGAGCCCAGGGCCGCCUGCAGAAGGAGGCCAGCCUUUUGGCGCUGCCUGUGCUCGUCUCCCUCAUCAACCUGCUGCUUCCCGGCCUCUUCAACCUGGCGUCCUGGUUUGAGAACUAUCACUCUCCGUCUGUGCGCACAUAUGUGUCCAUCAGCCGGAACUUGUUGUCCAAAGUGAGCGUGCUCUGUGUCCUGUGUUACCAUUGGUUAGGUCGAAUUGCUACGGACUCUAUGGAUCACAUUAAGUGCUGGGAGAGUUACGUCGGCCAGGAGCUCUAUCGCUUCCUCAUCAUCGACUUCAUCUUCACUCUGCUGGACACCUUGUGUGGGGAGUUGCUUUGGAGGUUUUUUUCUGACAAAGUUCUGAAGAAGAGGAGAAGACCAGGGUUUGACAUCGCCAAGAACGUCCUGGAUCUCAUCUACGGACAGACACUAGCCUGGUUGGGCGUUCUCUUCACUCCGCUCCUUCCUGCAAUGCAGAUUCUCAAACUGUUGCUGCUCUUUUACAUUAAAAUGAGCAGCGUGAUGAUGAAUUGUCAGGCUCCCAGGAGACCGUACAGAGUCACCCAGAUGACCACCAUCUUCAUCUCCCUCCUCUGCUUCCCCUCCUUCAUCGGCGCUGCAGUGUGUGUCACCUACACCAUGUGGAGUACAAAACCAUCCGUCUCAUGUGGGCCGUUCCGCGGACUCAACAAGAUGAUCCAAGCAGGAAAAAUCUGGAUGAAACAACUGGAAGAAGAAAAUCCCAACCUGUCCGUCCUGGCCAGGGCGUACGCCUACCUGGUGGAAAACCCUCUCUUCCUGUUUAUGGGAGCAGGCAUCUUUCUGAUCGUGAUCUACUUCCACAGUGAAGUUGUUGAUGGUGAAAGGAAGAUCAUCAAUAUUCUGCAGGAGCAGAUAGAAAAUGAGGGAGAAGAUAAAAAGUUCUUAAUCACUGAGCUUCAGUCUGUUCACGAGCAGAAACGAAUCUCUAGAAAGAGAGUCGCCCAUCAGAACUCUGGGUGUUACAGCGGCGAGCUUCGCCACGACAAACCGCUGGAAAAACCCACGUCUGUCUGGUAGAAAAUGUUUUGCCGAACUCAAGUAAGGAAAUGGAGAGGUGAGGACAGUUUGGUGGCUUCUGGAAGCUACUGAAGAAGCACUUUUGUUGCAGCUGAACCAACAGUUUCCUGUUGCAGACACCUUCUCAGUGUGGGAGUCGUAGGGAAACCUUUGUAAAUGUUUCCUGUAUCGCUGUACUUUUCUGUCACCUGUGUUUAUUACUGCGUAUGCAGAGUGUGGAGACUGUUGUACAAACUUUAUUUUUAGACUUCUUUUUAGAAACGACACAAAAACCUCUACAGGUUUAUUUUUACUAACAUGCAGGUAAAAAGUGAUAAACUGUAGGAUGAUAAUAAAAUAAAUAAAACAAGCUAAUCAUAA